CCGCUUUCACAAUCUAGUUUCAAACUAACGGGCUGAGAGGACCAGCUUUAUCCCUAAUGGCUCCUAAUUCUUUUGUGUUUGGGAGAAGCCAAGGCACAUGAUAAACUCUUGCAGCAUUAGAGGGGAGGCUUUGCUUCUGAAUGAUGAUCUCCAGUCUGGCCAAAGGGAAUUUGAUGGAAAUCCUAAAUGAAGGAUUCCCCGAGCAGCAGUUACAGGCAUAUGUUGCCUGGGUGAAUUCACAACUGAAAAAGAAAGUGGGAAUUAACCCUGUGAGGGAUCUAAGGCUGGAUCUUCGUGAUGGUGUGGUGUUAUGCUACCUCAUUGAAAUAGUAGCUGGAGAGAAACUGGAUGGGAUUCAUCAGCAGCCAAGCAGCACCCAAGAGAUGAGGGAAAAUGUGGAAAAAGUUCUGCAGUUUGUCUCGUCCAAAAAAAUCCGGAUGCAUCAAACCUCAGCCAAGGAUAUAGUUGAUGGAAACCUGAAAUCCAUCAUGAGGUUGAUCCUUACAUUGGCUGCCCACUUUAAACCGGUGUCUGGACGUUCCACCAAUCAGAGUAUUGUAGGGGCAGCUGGAAAGUACCAUUCAGCAUCCUCAACCAAUCACAGGCCUCACUCUACUACCGCGGUGGCUCAGGGAGCUGCGGCAGCGCUAGCGGAGGUUCGGCAGGACAUGUCACGAUCUGGCCGGGAUGUUUUCCGUUACAGACAGCAAAACAGCAGUACGGAUGAAGAGAUUGGAAACCCCUACUGGAGUGUGAGAGCGAUGGUCAAGCAGUAUGAAGGUCAUUAUAGCAGUCCUUCUCCGUCUGACACAUCAGGCCUAACCUCACCAAGCCCUGUACACAGCGCGAAGCUGGACAUCAGUGAGGCUCGCUGUGAAGAGAAAGCAGAAUUUACUGUUAUCCAAACAGAGGAAUGUGUUUCCAAGAGAGCAGAAGAUCCUCACCCUGCACCUUUCCCAGAAUGCCACCCUGCCAGCCCAGCCACACACCAGGACACCUCAUGGGAAGAGCAUCUCCUGGAGCAGCAGGAUCACUUAGAGAAGGAGAUGGAAGAAGCCAAGAAAAUGAUAUCUGGUUUACAGGCUUUGCUAUUAAACGGAUCCCUUCCCGAGGAUGAACAAGAGAGUUUAUUCUCCCUUCGAGAAGACGGGGCGUGUCCAGAAGAACAACUGGUCAUCAUCAAAAGCCGUCUUGAUCAAAGCAUGGGUGAAAACCAAUCUUUAAAGAACGAACUUUUGAACUACAAACAAGAAAACCGAAACUUACAGGGUAUAAAGGAUGCAUUACAGCAGAGAAUGGCGAACCAAGAAGCUUCUGUUCUUCAAAUAAAGCAGGAGUUGUUGCGUAGCAACAUGGACAAAGAUGAACUGUGCAACCAAAAUGUGGAUUUACAGAGGAAAAUGGAGGAGCGGAACCAGUUAAUUGCAGAAUACAAAAAAGAAUUGAACCAAAAGGAUUGGGUCGUACAGCAGAUGCAGGGAAAGCUGGAUGAAGCUCAUCGUAAACUCACAGAAGCCAACUAUCAAAAGAAUGAACUCCAGAAAGAAUUAGACCACAGGAAAGCUCUUCUACAACAGUUCCUGAACAGCGAGGAUGAGCAGGUCAGCAGCUAUAUCAGUCACCCAUCCCAUACCAAUGGCUUCCUACAGCCAAUAGUCAAAGGGUCUUCACGAGAACCUGCUCCUCAGAGAACGGCCAAUGAUCUGCAGUUGGUACGUGAUGCUUUGCGUAGUCUUAGAAACAGCUUUAGUGGCCAUGAUCCUCAACACCACACGAUAGACAGUCUGGAGCAGGGGAUCUCCAGCUUGAUGGACAGGCUGCAUGCCAUUGAAACCCAGCGGAGACAAGACAGGAGGGCUCGGGGAAGGGCUUCUGGAAAUAAAGGAGUCAAUGAAUACCGGGAUUCCUGGCCUCCCAACUCCAAGAUGCCUCACUCGCAGAGCGCCCCAGCUAUGGGCAGCAGCUCCUGUACCAAAGUGCUCUACUUUACUGAUCGCUCGCUGACACCUUUCAUGGUUAACAUACCAAAGAGGUUAGGAGAGGUCACGCUGAAAGAUUUCAAAGCAGCAAUCGACAGAGAAGGGAAUCACAGGUACCACUUCAAGGCGCUGGAUCCAGAAUUUGGAACAGUCAAAGAAGAGGUAUUUCAUGAUGAUGACAUUGUCCCAGGCUGGGAAGGUAAAAUAGUGGCUUGGGUGGAAGAAGAUCAUGGAAACAAUUAAAUUGAUGCCUUUCUAUAUAUGGGAUGUAUUCAUCGCCUUGGACAUGGAAUGGAUAUAUAGAUAAAAUCAUCUCUUGUGAUACGGGUCUGGAUAAUUUCUCACUCUGCCAAAAUAGGUCACUGUGGACCAAACAGAUUGGAAGAUUCUCGACAGAGGACAGCACGUUGGUAACUGGUUAAUCACCGGCUGCUGGUGGUGCAUCCGGAACAUCUAUAUUGCAAAGGAUCAUUUGGGACACUGAAAAGAACGAUAUGUCUUAGUGGUGAAGUGGUCCAUUAUGGCUUUAAGAUGUGAGGAGACGUAUGUUGUGUAUAUAUAGGUUGUUGAAGAAGAUUCAGUAUUUUUGAUAAAUAGUACAUGGUGUUGGCAUUCUCUCUGAUGUAGGAGUGCAUCUCCUCUCUUAUAGCAAUGUGUACAUAUUAGCCAGAU